AUGGACGCCCCGACUUCUGCCCUCAACCUCGAGCAGUUUUCAUAUCGCGACGAGCGAGAUGGAUGGAUUUGCACCUCGAACAUGACGGAGGACCAGCAUGCUGCACUUCAGGCGUACCUUUUUCAGACGUACGACUUGAUUGCGAUCGGCUACCAACUCCCAUAUCUGGUGCUCAGAUGCUGUGGGCAACUCCCCGACGAGUCAACCCGUCCUUUCACAAUAGCGGGCGCCCUCGUCGUUUGGCUUUCCGCGGACGACCCAGAGCUCUACCCGCUUUUCGGAGACUUCUCCGAGGGAGAGUUCAUCACGAUCCCGGAGAACUUUUCAGAUCAAGUAGAGAGGUCGGGCCAUUUAACACAGGAAGUCUUGAACUACUUCGCAUUCACGCUUUUCCCCGACUGUAUUGCCAUCGCCGUAGUUCAUGGCUCAUUGGUCGUACAGUUACGCGAGACGGACAUGGAAGUCUAUAUCGAUCGUAUGCAGACACUCCCUCGCGGACUUCGCAAGGUUCCUCUCCAGUUGAGAUACUGCAAUGGAUUCUUGCCAAACUCCGAGAGAGCACAGCACCGGGUGAUCACACCCAGCCCCGCCAGUUUCACGGGGUUAGAUGUAGCACCCACGCUUGUUCACAGCUCGGAGUGCAAGGUCAUUGAAGAGUACAUGGUCGGAAACCAGCCACUGAUAGGUAUGGGACAUCAGUAUCUGAAGAAAACCCGCGACGGUAGCCGAUCAUCUUCGAAGAAUGAACCAACGGACUCGGAUGACCUGCCGCAAGACGGCCAGCAAUACAUGGAGCUGACCCAGGGGAUUUACCACGCCAGACCCGAACUCAUCAGGGGCGAGCCGCGCGUUCGCGAUCGUCUCUGCGGAAGCGCGAUCGUCAGGGCUAAAGCCUUCGGCGCAGACCGCAAGCUUGUCGACGUUGCGCACGAAGGCGGCGUCUGUGGAGUGAUGCAGCAUUGGGAAGUGCGGACUCAGGACGCGUCCUGCAUGGUGAAUGGCGUGGACUUUCUGCAUUAUGCGGAGGUUUUGGACCAGUACAUUGAAGAUGGUUCGACUGUGGAUGCGGCGAAAUGA